AAAUGUGUGCGCUGUUUGCUCAGCCAUCUCAGUUUUAAAACUUUUCUCCAUGGGUUUCUCUAAACUUGGCUGGUCCCUCUUGUUACAGACCAAUUAAUGAGGCGGCUAAACUCACUAAUUGGCCACUUAAUUGGCCCCUGUAGCUGCGCGCGCUGCUUCCGCUGGCUUUUAGCGCACCGCCAUCCCUCCCUCCUGCUCCCAGACAUCACAAUCCCACCGUGUCACAACGGUUUAGGGUAAGUUCCCCAGACGGGAAGGUGCUCUCGCCGUGGACCCCCGCCACCUCUGGAUCCCCCCCUUCUAUCACUAUCUCCCUCCCACUCUAUCUCGGUGUUUUAUGUCUGCGUCACAACAAGUCGGUCGAGAGCGAGAGGCAGGGAUGAUGGCGUCUCUGGCGGCUUGAUUCCGGUGCUGCUCUGACAAACCCGCUUUAAUAGCAUCAAUAGGUGGUGGCGGAGAGGGGGGCGGGAGAGGGGGGAGAGAGCAAAAGCGACGGGAACAUGACGAAACGGCAUCGCGGAGGACGGACAAACUAGGCUGAGAGACGGACGGACAGUCAGUCGCCCCCCCCCCCACACCGGCCCCCCCUUCGCCUCCUCCUCCACCUCCUCCUCGCUGACGGCUUGACUGACACACACAGGCGCUUGGCACAGACAGGGACAUACAUGCACAUCAUCCACUUUUUGCAAACACGCAGGCUGCGCAUCCGAGCGGGCAGUAAUUGGGCAGCGGAGAUCCACAGCAGAUGAGGGCAUUUCAUGUCCAGCCUGCCCAGGAAUCACUGUGACCCCGACGGAAAGGAGUUCGACUUGACAGGAUGGGGGGAGUAAGUGAAGGAGAUGAUGUGUUGGCUCGAUGGAGUGAUGGACUACUGUACCUCGGCAAUGUGAAAAGAGUAGAUGGAGUCAAGCAAUGUUGUCUGGUGAGAUUUGAGGACAACUCGGAGUUUUGGGUACUGAGAAAGGACAUUCACUCGUUUGCUGCUGGAGUGGAAGAAGUUUGCUGUAUUUGUGACGCUCCGCCUCUUAAAGAACCCCUCAUAAAUUGUCUUAAAUGUCGCCACGGUUAUCAUCCAGAGUGCCACACGCCAACCAUUGAACCGGAAGCUGACAGCGAUUCGUGGAUAUGUCGGCAAUGUGUCUUUGCAGUUGCAACCAAGAGAGGCGGGGCCCUCAAACGGGGACGCUUCGCCCGGCUCAUGCAGUUUAUGAAACUCCGACUCCCUUACCAGCUGUCGUCUUUAGACUGGGACCCGCAGCAUCUGACCAAUCAGCAACAGUGUUACUGCUACUGUGCCGGACCUGGAGAGUGGAACCUAAAGAUGUUACAGUGUGGAAGCUGCGGUCAGUGGUUUCACGAGGCCUGCACACAGUGUUUAACCAAGCCAUUACUGUAUGGGGACAGGUUUUAUCAGUUCCAGUGCUCUGUAUGUACGAAGGGACCAGAGACCAUCCAAAGACUACCCAUGACCUGGGUGGAUUUGGCUCAUUUAGUGCUCUACCAUCUCUCGCUGUGCUGCAAGAGGAAAUACUUUGAUUUUGACCAUGAAAUCCUGUCCUUCACCAAUGAGAAUUGGGACUCGUUGCUCCUAGGCGCGCUCUCUGACACGCCAAAGCAGGACCGCUGUCACAAUCUCCUCAACGCUCUGAACUCCCACAAGGACAGGUUUGUCUCUGGAAAGGAGAUCAAGAAGAAGAAGUGUCUUUUCGGGCUUCAGGUGCGAGCCCCGCCUCCGCUGACGUCCGAUUCGUCUCCCCUCAUCACCGACCCACCUAUCAACAUCACACACCGGAGAAGCCCGCUGUCACUACCCUGCCAGAGGAGAGUGGGGGGGCCUGAGUCACGUAAAUCAAAGCGUCGCAUCAUAGAGACACAGGCUUGUCCACCUCCAGUUGCUGCCAACCCCAUUGAGCUGCUGCCAUGUUGCCAUGGUUACAUGGGAGGGGCCAGCCUUUACAACUCCAGGAAGUCAGAGGAGGAGCUUAACUUGAGCUCUCCUCCCAAACGGAUGUACGCCCUGUACCACAGCACUUACAAUGGAAACACCGCGCUCUCCAGGAAUCUCCAUCACUACAACAGCGUGGAGGACACCUGCAGGUUACCACCGCCGUGCUUCCCGUACCCCCUCAAUUCCAAUGGCAACCAUCACCACCACCACCUCCACCAGCACCAUCACAGCCACCAACACAACCACCAGCACCAGCACCAACACCAGCCGGGCCAGAAGCAGCUGGAGCCCGUCAUCCUACGUGAUCUGCCCCCUUACCAGGCCGGCAUGGGCGGAGGGGGUGGCGUAGGUGGUGGAGGAGGAGGCGGAGGAGGCGGAGGAGGUGGAGGUGGAGGCGGAGGCGGAGGCGGAGGUGGAGGUGGCAGCGGGACAGUGGCCAGGAACUGGGGUGGAGGGGAGGCGGUGAGGAUCUUGGCGAGACGUGUCACACCAGACGGGAAGGUUCAGUACCUUGUGGAGUGGGAGAACGUGAGUUUGUACUGAGACGAAGAGCAAACACGAGACGCACUGACUGUUUUGCAGUUGCCACAGGAAUACUGUGUAUGUAAUAUGUGGCAGUGUUUAAAGUACAAACAAAACAAAAAGGAAAAAAAAAAUCUCUACACGUUGCAAAAUCCAGGUUGCUCUGAUAGUAUCACCUCUAUUCAUUAUAACCUCACUACUCGUUACUAAAUGUCCCUCUUUGCUAGUGUUUCUCUGAUAUUUGUACUGUUAACUUUGGAAUAUGCCUUUGCAUUUAUCAUGUUUUACAGCGAUGAGAGAAAGUAUUUAAACCUCCUGAUGAUUUGUGUCGGCCACAUCGAGAGCACGUCUUUAACUGUACUCACAUAUUGAUGUACAUUACUGUAGAUGAGCAGCAGCACUGUGCAAGAAACUAAGAUGACUGCUUUUUCACUGCUCAAUUUCUAAUUCUUUCAUUUAAGUUAUACACAAAUAAAACAGUAAACUUCCACUGGUUGUCAUGUCAGACAACCAGCAUGCUGCUAAUUUAAAGGAACAGUUUGAUAUUUUGAGAAAUAUGCUCAUUCACUCUCUAACAACCAUUUGAUACCACUCUCAUGAGAGACAGUUAGCUUAGCAUAAAGCCUGGAUGCAGAAGAAAUAACUAGCCUGGCUCUGCCAAAGGUAAAAAGAAAUCCAUCUACCACUGCCUCUAAAGUGUUAUAUAAGCUGGUUGUUUAAUUCGUACAAAAACCAAAGUGCAAAAAUGGCAAGUUAUGUUUUUAUAAGAGGUUCUCUGUCGGAAAGGACUCGAGUAAGUCACUGUGGCUGGUCAUGAAAUAGACCUAGCUCUUAGUCUUUAUGCUAAGCUAAGCUAACCGUAGCUUCAGAUUCAAUGCACAGACAUGAGAAAGCAAAUAAGCAUAUUUAUCAAAAUGUUGAACUCUGGGUCGCCUCAGUGUCUCACCUGGUAGAGGCCUCGUCCUGACCGCAGCAGCCGUGGGUCUGAGUCCGACCUGCGGCCCUUUGCUGCACGUCACCCCCUCUCUCCCCCUGACUCUCCUGUCUCUCUCUCUCCCUGACUCUCCUGUCUCUCUCCCCCUGACUCUCCUGUCUCUCUCUCUCCCUGACUCUCCUGUCUCUC